UCAUGUGUGAGCUGUGUCCGGUCCCUCCCAUGGUCCCUCCUCGUUAGUUUCCCGUGUGCUGCUGUGACGUUACCCUGCUUGUGUAAUUCUUGUGUCUGACAUUCAGACAUUAGUAACAAUUUCACGGCGGAGAAGCAGUUCACCAAGAAGUCUCUCAACGUUACGAGAAAGAGGGUGAAAAUGCUGUCUUCUGUUGUUGCGAAAAGACUGGUGGCAGGUAUGUGCCAGGCAGCAUGGAGACCAGCAGUCACAGGGCUGGUAUCAUGUCGUGGUUACCGUGGAGAUUCGCCAGAUGACACCAGGGGAGACCUGAUCGAGAUGCCUCUGCCCCCUUGGGAGGAAAGGCCCGGUGAGCCCGCUGAUAUCAAGAAGAAACGCCUUCUGUAUGAGAGUCGCAAGAGGGGCAUGUUGGAGAACUGCAUUUUGCUCAGCCUUUUUGCAAAGCGAUACCUGAACACAAUGAGUGAGAAGCAGCUGCUGCAGUAUGACAGACUGAUUAAUGAACCAAGCAAUGACUGGGACAUCUACUACUGGGCAACAGAAGCUCAGCCCACCCCUGACGUUUAUCAAGGAGAGGUUAUGGAUAUGCUGAAGGAGUUCACAAAGAACCGCAACCAUGAACAGAGGUUAGAUGCGCCCAGCUUGGAGUACCUGGAAAAGGAAAGCCAAUGACGUCCCCUUAAGACCUUCUCAGAGACUCGUUUUAGGUGGGGCACUUGGUGAAAUAUCAGUGUCAUAACCCACCAGAAAAACCCUUCAGAGGUCAGCUCGGUUUCUCCAGUUAUACACGGCAGAAUGAACAAAAUAUUGUGCAGUGGAAAAUAUUUAGAACACUAUCUAGUACUAUACACCUCUUAAUAAAUACUCUUGUCUAUUUCCUCUGCUGACUCCAGUCAUUAUAGGGAGAAGGGAAUUCGUGGAAGCUGAGGGAAGUUUGUGGAUUGAGCAAACAUUGAUGCAACACAAUAUUAAGAAGGUGUUCUGAGUAUUCUACAAUCACUGUAUUGUAAAUCUCUGAUUCAAGACUGUAAAUUAAAAGUGCUGAAUGUGUGAGAUGCAUACUGAAUGAACCAGCUUUGAUAGAUGUAUACAAGUUGAUGAUCAGUUUCUAUACUAGACAGUUAAACAGAAAGACUCACUAAUUAGCGUAGCUUGUUGGAUUAUCAUGGUUUGGUUCUGUUCAAUGAUUUUAUUGUUAUUACAAACAUGGGUUAUUUAAUAAAUGUUGAUGCUGUACAGUCUA